UUCAUGAGUACUAUUUGUGGAUUUUAAACAUAUGUGUUCUGUUUCACUCCUCUCACUUAUAGAAAAUCCCAUGAGCUCAAAAUUAUUCGUGUAAUUCCUUCAGGAUUUUUCAACUAAUUUUCAUAUAUUUUACACACAUUUUGAAUCUCCCCUAAUGUCCGCAAUUCUGGCACCCAUUCCCAGGGUCAUAUUCACAAUAAUUGAGCCCUUCUCACUGCUCUGUGGAUUUCUGGGGCCGAUCGUUUCACCUCGCAGUUUCAUAGCCGAUCAGAUUAUCGACAUCUCGCAUCCAGAAGAUGUCACCUCUCAUGAAAUCAUCCUUGCACUCCAACUAGGAAACUUGUACCUUUUACUGGCUUUUAUCGGGAUCAGUGUCUUGUACACGACGACAUCAAGUCGCCUCGUGAGGAAUUACUUUCUGGCCCUGGCGGCAGGUGACAUAGGCCAUGUAGCCAUGACGUAUCAUGUAUUAGGCCACCAGCAGUUCCUGGACGUCAAGGGCUGGACUCCAGUAAUUUGGGGGAACAUAGGCUUUACAGCUUUCUUAUUCUUCGCUCGUAUUGCAUAUCUCACUGGAGCGUUAGGAAAGGACAAGACAAAUUUGUCCGCAGCAGACGCGACUGAUAAAAAGAACACAUGAGGGAGCGCCAAUUCACUUACAGGGCUAAUCUUGAGCAUGAAUAUCCCUGGUGGGAAUAUUGAAGCAAGGUCCGAGAAGAAAAUGUAAUGUUAAAUAACGUAGAAUGUUGAACUGGGCAGUUCCGUCAAGGGCAUCUUUCUGACGGAACAAAUAUUCAACGGGUAUACAAAAAUCAUCGGAGCU